GCCCCACUGUGGGCCGAGCGCUCGAUGGUCUCGGUCGCCUGGAUGGGGGCGCGAAGCGGGCGCAUUCUCAGCUGCCGUCGCCGCCGCCACCGCGGCGGCUAGAGACCCGCGGGACGACCGAGAGCAGGAUGCGGCCACCCGGCAUCUGUACGGUCUCGCUGGUCUCACUGUGGCUCCUACGUUUCUUGGGGCUCCCCUGGCCAUGGAGCCUGGCCGCUGCCCUGUUCAUCUACAUCGGCGGUGGCGGUUGGCGCUUCCUGCGAAUCGUCUGCAAGACGGCGCUGAGGGACCUCUUCGGCCUCUCGGUGCUCCUCCGGGUCCGCUCCGAGCUGCGGAGGCACCAGCAGGCCGGCCACACGAUCCCCGGCAUCUUCCAGAAUGUGGCCCGCCGCCAGCCUGAGCGGGCAGCCCUGGUGGACGCGGGCAGCGGAGAAGCCUGGACCUUUGGGCGGCUGGACGGCUACUCGAACGCCGUGGCUCACCUGUUCCGGCAGCACGGCUUCGGCCCCGGGGACGUGGUCGCCCUCUUCCUAGAGAGCCGCCCCGAGUUCGUCGGCCUCUGGCUAGGGCUGGCCAAGCUGGGCGUGGAACCAGCCCUGGUAAACUGCAACCUGCGGCUCGAGCCACUGGCCUUCUGCCUCAGCACGUCGGGGGCCAAGGCAUUGGUCUAUGGGGGUGAGCUGGCCGCAGUCAUCUCGGAGGUGAGCCAGCAGUUGGGAAAGAACAUGAUCAGGUUCUGCACGGGGGACUUUGGGCCUGAGGGCAUCUCUCCCGACAGUCACCUCCUCGAUCCCCUGUUGAGCGCAGCCUCCAGGGCCCCCGUUGACCCCGUACCCGGCCGAGGCAUGAAUGAUCGACUCUUCUACAUCUACACGUCGGGCACCACGGGGAUGCCCAAAGCCGCCAUCAUUGUGCACAGCAGGUACUACCGAAUGGCUGCCUUUGGCUACCACGCCUACCGCAUGGGCCCAUCUGACAUCCUGUAUGAUUGUCUGCCUCUCUACCACUCUGCAGGGAACAUCAUGGGCGUCGGCCAGUGUCUCCUGUACGGGCUGACCGUUGUGAUCCGCCGCAAAUUCUCAGCAAGCCGCUUCUGGGAUGACUGUGUCCAGUACAAUUGCACGGUGGUCCAGUACAUCGGGGAGAUCUGCCGCUACCUCCUGAAGCAGCCGGUGCGGGAGGCGGAGAGUCGGCACCGCGUGCGGCUGGCGGUGGGCAACGGGCUGCGGCCCGCCAUCUGGGAAGAGUUCACGCGGCGUUUCCACGUCCCCCAGAUCGGGGAGUUCUACGGGGCGACCGAGUGUAACUGCAGCACCGCGAACCUGGAUGGCAAGGUAGGGGCCUGUGGGUUUAACAGCCGCAUCCUCCCCAACAUCUAUCCCAUUCGCCUGGUGAAGGUGAACGAGGACACGAUGGAGCUGCUGAGGGAUGAACGGGGGCUGUGUAUCCCCUGUCGGGCAGGGGAACCUGGCCUGCUUGUCGGACAGAUCAACCAGCAGGACCCGUUACGGCGCUUCGAUGGCUAUGUCAACGAGAGUGCUACCAGUAAGAAGAUCGCCAACAACGUGUUCCACAAGGGAGACAGUGCCUAUCUCUCAGGGGACGUGCUGGUGAUGGAUGAACUUGGCUACCUGUACUUCCGGGACCGGAGCGGAGACACGUUCCGUUGGCGCGGAGAGAACGUCUCCACUACCGAAGUGGAGGGGGUGUUGAGCCGGGUGCUGGGCCAGGUGGACGUGGCCGUGUACGGCGUGACUGUGCCAGGUGUGGAGGGCCGGGCGGGCAUGGCCGCCAUUGCCGAUCCUCAGGCCAAGCUGGAUCCCAACAAGCUCUAUCAGGAGUUGCAGCGGCUGCUGCCGCCUUACGCCCGCCCGAUCUUCCUCCGCCUCAUGCCUCACGUGGACACCACAGGCACAUUCAAGAUCCAGAAGACGCGGCUGCAACGUGAGGGCUUCGACCCUGGCCAGACGUCGGACCGGCUCUUCUUCCUGGACCCAGGGAAGAGGUGUUACGUCCCCCUGGACCAGCGGGUGUAUAUCAGUGUCUGCUCGGGCACCACCUCCCUGUGACUGGGCCACGCAGACCCUGGACCCUUCCCCCGCUCCCACUCCCCCCCCCAUCCUUCUGGCAUGGAGCCCCUUCCUCAGGCUAGCCUUCCUCUCUCCUUCUUCCCCUCCUCUCCCUUCCGUCCUCUUCUCUCCCCAUUUCUUCCCUUACGUCUCCCUCUCUUUUUUCUCCCUCCGUCCCCCCUCUUUUUUCUCUCUCCCUGUCCCCCUUUCUCUCCCGCCUUCUCUGCCACUCCCUUUCCCCCAUCUGCCACCCAGGCUUCCCGUCCAUUGACACUCCUCACCCUCCCAGCAAACGAAAGAAGCUGCUUCUCCCUGCUGGAUCCACCCCACUCCCCUCACCCGCUCCCUUCAGUUGUGCCUUAAUGGGCUGAGGCCCUACCCAUGUGGUCCCUAAUUUCACAGGGGGGAAUCUUGUUCACGAUAUUCCUCUUUUUUUUUUUUGACACGGUUGAUGCAGCAGGAAUGGUUUUUCCCUCAUAUCGGGCUGCAGGUGGCAGGCUGGUUAGGGUUGGGGUGGCUUCACCAGGGAAACCACGAGCUUGUGGAGAUGCUCCUCACUGUCGUCCAACCUCUUCUCUCCCCUGCCCCCAGCCUCUGGGUAAUGGUUUGAGUUCUCAUUUGAGUUAAAAAUAAACAAACUUGUAAAAGAUGAA